GUCAAAUAAAUAAAAUCUUAAAAGUAAAUAAAUAAAAUGCAAUGAAAGAGGCUGGAGUUGAAAAUGUGAACUCUGCCUGGGUGCGCGUGAUCCUGUCAGAUGCUGUUGCUCAGUUUUAAGGCAUGAUGAUGGUGGUGUGCUUUGCUUUUUUUUCCCAACAGUCUACCAUGCAGAGACCCAUACGGACAUAUUUAUGCACAGGAUUAUAUCGGAUGCCUGGGGCUUGCUUCUGCAGCGGAUGCGAGGCUAACUAUGAGAAAAUACAUGAGCCACACCUGUCUCCUGACAGCUGGCUAGGUGUCCUCUCCUGCCACAGCCCCAGGAGUGACCACGGAGCCCUCCCAGCCGGUGGUGCUGGUUUGGGAGCUAGGAGAGCACAUCCACAGGAGACACAGUUGGGGGUGGGCGGUCUGUGGGUCUGCGGGCACAGCUGAAUGUGAGCGACCCUGCGGGGGAAGGUCACCUAAAAGAUGUGACUGCCGAUUGUCCCGUGAGCUGGACUCGGGCACGCCGAUGCUCCUCACCCACUCCCAGUGCUUGGAACGUGGGUUCCGUUCGGCUUGCCUUUCCCGCUCCCAGACGCUGUUCUAAGGACACAGCUUUGAAAGGUGAUGUGGUGUCGAAAACACCUGCCGAGUUUAUGGGACUGAGCCCAGAUAGGGCCUCCUGAUGAACCUCCAAGAUCUGGCAGGUGGUUGCAGGGACCCAUUACACCUGGACAGCCCUGGGAGGGUUGCAACCCCAUGGCCCCCCACUCCAAAGUCAUGCCUCCCCAACCCCACUCGUUCCUGUGUCCCCACCUGGUACGGGGCCGGCCCCAGAUGUCUCUGAGCUGACAGGAACUGAGUGGGGCUGUGCAGCUGGCCUGACGAGCAGCCCAGUUCCUUGUGAGUGCAACACCCUGCUGUCACUGGGGCCGGCCUUGUCACUGCAGCAUCGGUGUGAGGCCAAACGCCUGCUCCAGGGACAUCACUAGGAAUGGAUCCCCCUGCGUCACAGCCUGGUACGGUGCCCUGUCCAGAAACCCAAUAUCCUAGAGACCCCUGAGGGAUCUUAGGCUACAGGGCCAUCAGGCCAACCUGGCACAGAAGGGCUGCUAGGGCACGCUGGAGGGACUGCAGUCUACACCUGCCUCGGGGCUGCACCCCCUUUUAUCCAUCUUCCACAGAGCAGCUGGAAGGAUUCUUUUAAGUUUAUGCAUUUACUUAAGUAAUCUCUACACCCAACGUGGGAUUUGAACUCACAACCCCAAGAUCAAGGGUCUCCUGCUCCUCUGACUAAUCCAGCCAGGCGCCCCAGGUGGAUUCUUUAAAUAAUGAAGCAAUAAAGUCACUCUCCUGCUCAAAAGGUCCCCAACGAACUUCAGGUAGAAACCAAAUUAUCUGACCUCCAGGUCCUUCAUCAUCUUCCCAUCCACCCUCUGUUCCAUCCUCAAGUCCCCUCCCGCCGCCUCACUGACAUCCACCACACUGCCCUGUUAUUCUGCAAGGGUUGGGUCCUGCCUCAGGGCAUUUUCUUUUCCUUUGCCCACACCACCCACGAAUCCCAAUCACAUGUGACAUUGUCCCUCUUACUUUUCUUUCAUUGCUUACAUUUCAUCUUUGCGAUCGGUCUUUCCUAGACCCCUAAUAUCAACUGCCCACCUCUAAGGCACUCACUUUCCUGAUCUGCAUUCGUAGUUCCUGUCACCAUUUUAAUUUUUCAUUCAUUGGCUUGUUUAUUGUCUGUCUCUUCCACUUAAUAUAAGUUCCAUGCGGGCAAAGAGCGAGUGCAUCGUGUUCAUUUCCAUAUCCCCUGUCCCUAGAAGAGGAAGGAGCAUUUGAUGAAUGAAUGAGUAAAGGACAGCCCGCACACCUGCACCCUUGCUGUUGUCCGACCCGUGACACUGGCAUUCCAGGCUCUCACCCGUAGCCAUAGUGCCUGGAGGGCCUUACGCUCUUCCCUCAGGCUCUCUGGACAUGACCAGUUACAACUCCCAGGCAGCUGAGCUAAUUUUUUCUUCCUCUUUCCUUCCUCCAGUAGAUUCCUUCAAGAGGGGGAACAGAGGGCAGUUCUAGAACCUCAGGUGAUUCUAGUUCAUCCUCGUGUAAAAAGGCCUUGGCCCACAGACUGGGACAGCACACAGCCAUUAACUAGGGCUGCAAACACCUAUAUUCAUGAACACAGAAAGGCGCCCAUGACCUUCCCUGGAGUUUACGGGAACAGCAUAGAGAACACGAUGCAUAUAAAAUCAUCUGAAUACAAAUCCUUCACUGCGCAUGUACACGACACAUGUACCUGUGAGAAUGUUCCCCGAAAUGUCACCAUGAGGAUCACAGGAUUUCCUCCAGAAUUUACUUUUGCCUAUCCUGAUUAUUCCUUUUAUAAAAAGAAGCAAGAACAACAAGAACCGAUCAGAGCAACAAAGCAUCCCCAGCCGCAGCUAACCGAGAAGGAAAAUGGACGCAAGCUACGAGCCAGCGGCUGGAGCCAGCGGAUGGUACAGCCGCAGGUGCCCUGGGCCCAGCAGGCUGCCGGGGGCGAGGCUCCGCGCCUCUGCGACCAGGGCCGGCGGGUGCUCGGCGGCGGGUCCCCCGCGCACUCGGCAGCAGCUCGCCCACGGCCCGUCACCACAGAAACAGAAUCGGCAGGCGGCUGCCAGGUCGGGAUGUAAUUACCCGAGGAAGCCGCAAACAUUCUCACCCCAACGAGAAGCGUGCUCCUGGGGUCUUCAAAGGGCGGCGCGUCCAGGGCCGGCCGGGCCUCCUGGUGGGCACACUUCGGGCCUGGGUGGGAAGCCUCGCCUGCGCGCGUCUCCCUGGGGCCGCUUAUAAAAGCGCCGGGGGGCCCGCGCCUCAGGAGGGAGACGCGUGGCGGGGACGGGAGCUCGGCCGGGGCCAUGCUGGCCGCCUCCGCCGUCCGCCGGGCCCUGCUGCUCUGCUGGCUCGCGGCCCCCGGGCCAGCCCGGCCCGAGCCGCUUUUCCACAGCCGGGACCGCUCGGACCUGGAGCCCGCCCCGCUGCGCCGCGCCCAGCCCAUCGCGGACCCCCUCACUGCGCAGCGAUUCCUGUCCAAGUACGGCUGGGCCGACGCGCCGCCCGCGGGCCCCCGGGCCACCGGCCUGGCCGAGGCCGUGCGCAGGUUCCAGAAGGUCAACGCGCUGCCGGCGAGCGGGCGGCUGGACGCGGUCACGCUGGCGGCCAUGAACAGGCCGCGCUGCGGCGUCCCCGACACGCGGCUCCUGUCGCGCCCGCCGCCCCCCGCCCGGCCCAAGCGCUCCCUACGGCCGCGGCCACCACAGCCCAAGGUGGCCACGCCCCGCGGGGGGACCCGGGCCUUCGCCAAGAGGACGCUGACCUGGCGGCUGCUGGGGGAGGGCGCCAGCGGGCAGCUGGCCGUGGACGAGCAGAGGCACAUCCUCAGACUGGCCUUCCGCAUGUGGAGCGAGGUGAUGCCGCUGGACUUCCGCGAGGACCUCGCCUCCCCCGGGGCCGCCGUGGACAUAAAGCUGGGCUUCGGGCGAGGCCGGCACCUGGGCUGUCCUCGGGUUUUUGAUGGCAGCGGGCAGGAGUUUGCACAUGCCUGGCGCCUGGGCGACAUCCACUUCGAUGACGACGAGCACUUCACACCUCCAAGCAGUGACGUGGGCAUCAGCCUUCUCAAAGUGGCCGUCCAUGAAAUUGGCCACGUACUCGGCCUUCCUCACACCUACAGACCAGGAUCCAUAAUGCAGCCGAAUUACAUCCCCCAGGAGCCUGUGUUUGAGUUGGACUGGUCAGACAGAAAAGCAGUUCAAAAGUUGUAUGGUUCAUGUGAAGGGUCGUUUGAUACCGCAUUUGACUGGAUUCGCAGAGAGCGAAACCCACAGGGUGCCGUGACGCUGAGGUUCAGCACCUACUUUUUCCGCAACAGCUGGUACUGGCUUUACGAAAACCGAAACAACAGGACGCGCUACGGGGAUCCUCUCCAAAUCCUCAGGGGCUGGCACGGAAUCCCAGCACAGAACAUCGACGCUUAUGUCCACCUCUGGACGUGGGGGAGGGAUGAGCGUUAUUUUUUUAAAGGGAAUCAGUACUGGAGAUACAACAGUGACAAGGAUCAGACCUACACAGAAGAUGAACAAGGAAGAAGCUACCCCAAAUUGAUUUCAGAAGGAUUUCCCGGCAUCCCAAGUCCCCUGGACACUGCCUUUUAUGACCGAAGAAAGCAGUUAAUUUACUUCUUCAAAGAGUCCCUCGUGUUUGCAUUUGAUGUCAAUAGAGAUCGAGUACUUGAUUCUUACCCGAAGAAGAUCACUGAAGUGUUUCCGGGAAUAGAGCCACGAAACCAUCCCUUCAGGAAUAUAGACUCUGCCUAUUACUCCUACGCACACAACUCCGUUUUCUUUUUCAAAGGCAAUGCGUAUUGGAAAGUAGUUAACGACAAGGACAAACAAAAGCAUUCUUGGCUUCCUUCAAAUGGCUUAUUUCCGAAGCAGUCCAUCUCAGAACGCUGGUUUGACAUCUGUGACGUCCACACCUCCACUCUGAACAUGUAAUGGAAGAAAUAGGCAAAUGGAGUCAGAAGAUUUCUCGUCUAAGUCUGGUUUCUUUUGCAAAGGAAACAAACCAGAUUUUUAGUAACUAAAGUAAAUAGGGCUAAAAGCCAAUGGAAAAAGCAUUACUUGAACUUCUAAAAUACUUGAUUUAGAAGGGAAUUUCUCAGGCAAAAAAAGUAAUGCAUUGAAUAAUUUUGCCAAUCUUUUAGGAAAGGUUAAAAAAAAAAGAACCCCGAGGAAUCCCUGUCUCUCCACCACCCAUCCCCGCUGCACCCCGAUUUUGUGAGUGGACAAAAAUGUAGCGAUAGCCAUAGGAUCCAGUCAUGGAAAGGGUACACAGUUCCCUGGGAGCCUUCAGCGGGAAAGGUCACAGAUUUCAAGUUGACUGCAGUCCAUAGUUCCUGUCACAAUAAUUUAUAUUUUUCUAAUCCGUGACAGUGUAUAGGUUUUCCCGUGUAUUUCUCUCUUGAUCUUCACAAGUCUGGAGAGUGCCAGGGAACCUACAACUGUGCACAUUUCUAGUCGAGGAAACUGGAGUUCACAACUGUGUCCUUCUCAGAGUCAGACGUGGUGGCUGCUGGCCACCUCACCUCCACACCCCAGCCCAGCAUCCAGGCAACCUUCUCUCCAUCCCUGCCCUGAAGUUGACUGCAAAACAAGUCAUCUCAGUGAUCAGGCCACGGGUGGCACAGUUCUCAAGUAACAGCUUAAGACAUGAGCACUUUAAGCAGCAUGAAUUUAAAGUCAGCAGAUGACAAAAACAUUGAAAAAGCCCUCUAAAAGCCCUCUCUUCCCCUGUAGGGAUGUUCGUAUUCUUGUUUGGACAAGGGAAGACAGCUACAAGUGGUAUCUUCUUGCUUAAAAACAAAUACUCCUCUGGACGAAAAGGCUGUUCAGCCAAGGAGAGGCCAGAAAACAGCAGAGGGAAGGUCGGCGACAUCCCUGACGCUGGCUUGCUUCAAAAUCAGAUCGUCCCCAUGGAGGUGUGUAGAUUUAACCCACAGAGACAGCGCUUGCCGGCAGGGGAAGCGGAGUGACCGCUGUCCUGACAGGAGACACGGCUGAUUCUGUGCAUCGGCUUCAUGACUUAGUCAAAACUUUAAAUGUCUCAGUAAUUUUUGAAAAUGGAUGCAAAUCUUUCCCAAGGAAGUAUAAACUAAGUAACAAGGAAGUGGGCAGACGGCCAGGGGCCAGCAGGAGCUCUGCAAAGCUGGGACAGGUGUCCACACGCUUACAAGGAACACGUGAAAGUCCCAGCACGUGAGAAAGCGCCCCGUAAAAACUCAGCUUCAAACACCUUUCCACGGAGUUCAGAUUCCUCCACAGAGGUGUGGCUGCUGAGCAGAGGGGCUGUGCAUGAUCUGCCGGGAAAGGGGUCUGCAGAUGGCGGAGGAGGUUGGAAUGGACCUUGGGGGCCAGGCCAGCGGACCUGGAGGCAGGGCAGGCUCUUGUCUACAAAGCCCUCAUGCACCAAAGUCCCAACCAUCUACCUGACAGGAAAGAGUCGGCUUGAUUUCUGUUCCAUUUCCUUGAAACGGAUUUUAGCAGGACAGGACAAGCACAGCAUCGCAUGCUGUAGCUCGGAAAAAAAUAGAGGCCGUCUGUAGGCCAGGGGACAGGAGCUACUCAUCAACAGUGGCAAGUUGUGAGUGUGACUUUCCAGAGAGAACUUAGUAGCACGAUUUUAUUUUUAAUGUUUUAAUCUUUCCUUUGU